CAAAGCCCCUUCCAGGUGCAUGGCCACCAACCGCCCGCUGCUGGGCGUCAACGGGCUGGACAUGGCCGGGCUGCGGCCCUUCGACCUCGUCAUCCCCUUCACCAUCAAGAAGGGCGAGAUCACGGGCGAGGUGCGGAUGCCCUCGGGCAAGGUGGCCAAGCCGGACAUCACGGACAACAAGGACGGCACGGUGACGGUGCGCUUCGCGCCCAGCGAGGCCGGCCUGCACGAGAUGGACAUCUGCUACGAGAACCCGGGAGCUUUAGGGUGUCGCAGGGGUUUUGGGAGCCUCCUGUGUCACCGGUACAGGAGGUUUUGGGGUGUCUCUGGCGCCCCUGCUGACCCCCGCGCCAUCCCCGCAGGUGACGACAGCCUGCGCCUGUCCCACCUCAAGGUGGGCACCUCGGCCGACAUCCCCCUGGACAUCGGCGAGACCGACCUGAGCCAGCUCACGGCCACCGUGACGUCGCCCUCGGGCCGUUACGGGGGGCUCAGCCUGUCCAUCGAGGGCCCCAGCAAGGUGGACAUCAACUGCGAGGACAUGGAGGACGGCACCUGCAAGGUCUCCUACUGCCCCACCGAGCCCGGCAACUACAUCAUCUCCGUGAAGUUCGGCGACCAGCACGUCCCCG